AUGGCGCAACAGGACGCGCCGAAGCUCCUUUGGAAUCCCGACAACGUCAAGGACGUUGCCGAGUCCGUCGGUAUCCCCAACCUCAACGACGACGCCUUGCGCUGCCUCACGCAAGAUGUCGAGUACCGGAUCGGCCAAGUCCUCGUCGAGGCCCUGCGCUUCAUGCGUGCCUCCCGCCGCACCACCCUGACGGUCAACGACAUCAGCACCGCGCUCAAGGCUCUCAAUAUUGAGCCUCUCUACGGAUACGACUCGACGCGUCCACUGCGAUACGGCGAGGCUAGCUUGGGUCCCGGGCAGCCGCUCUUCUAUCUUGAAGAUGAGGAGGUCGACUUCGAGAAGCUCAUCAAUGCCCCUCUGCCCAAAGUGCCGCGUGAUAUGAGCUUCACGGCACACUGGCUCGCCAUCGAAGGCGUCCAACCAUCCAUCCCGCAAAACCCCACCACGGCCGAAUCGCGAAGUCAAGAACUUGUGCCCAAGGGCCAGGGUGCUAACCCAGCCCUCGCCGCCCUGGCCGGCAACGAUAACCUCUCUUUCCGUCCCGCCGUUAAGCACGUUGUCUCCAAAGAGCUCAUUCUCUACUUCGAAAAGGUCCAAAACGCCAUCCUCGACGAUAACCCCGACGAGGAGGUGGUGCGCCUCCGCCAGGCCGCCCUGGAAUCCGUUCGUGACGACCCGGGCCUGCACCAGCUGAUCCCCUACUUUAUAAACUUUGUUGCGAACCAGGUUACCCACCGCCUCGAUGACGUCUUCACCCUCCGCCAGGCCAUGGAGCUCACGGCCGCCCUCAUCGCAAAUACAAAGCUCUACCUCGACCCCUACGCCAACUCCAUCGCCGCCCCCGUGCUCACGUGCAUCCUCAGUCGCAAGAUCGGCGCUGAGGACGGCGUCGACGCUAUGCGCGAACAGUACCAGCUCAGGGAGUUUUCCGCCUCGCUCCUCGGCCAAAUUGCGCGCAAGUACGCCGCCUCGAAUAACCUGCUACGCCCAAAGCUCGUGCGGACGUGCUUGAAGUUCUUCAUGGACCCCGACAAGCCGCCCUCGACGCACUUUGGCGCCAUCACGGGCGUUGCAUCCGCAGGUGGUCCCGAAGCGGUGCGCGUCUUGGUGCUCAAGUGUCUGAGGGCCUACAACGACAACAUUCUGCAGCCUCUCAAGGAGAAAGGCGAGGGCGUCGAGUUUGAGAUGCUCGUUGGUGGAAUCCUCAAGGCUAUUGCCAGCAUGAUUGAGGACGAUAGGACGACUGUCAACGGCAUCAACGGAAGCGCCCACAGCUAUGCCGCCGAGCUCAACGAGUUCAUCGGGCCCAUCCUUGGAGAGCGGCUGAAUGGUCUGGGUAACCGGAGAUUGAUCAAACACGUCUUGGAUGCUAGGAACAUUGAGUAA